UGUACACCCAUAAGAUCGUAACCCAAAAAUCAGAGCCAAAAUUACUGAACUCUGAACUUUGAACUCCAAACUCAGAAAUAUCACCAGAUUUGAUCAACUAAUUUCAGCGUCCUCUGCCUCUCUACCCAUGACAACCCCUUACCCAAAUCCCAUCACCCCUGCCAAAACCCGUAUCGGCUGGAUCGGUAUCGGCGUAAUGGGCGCCGCCAUGGCCUCUCGCCUCCUCUCCGCCGGUUACUCUCUGACCGUUUACGCACGCAACCCUUCCAAAUCCCUCUCCCUCGAAUCUCAAGGCGCCCAACUUUCUAAUUCCCCGGUCGAACUCGCUCGCUCCACAGAUGUUGUUUUCACAAUGCUGGGGCUCCCCUCAGAUGUUAGGUCGAUUGUCUUAGAGAACAAUGGCGUUCUGUCCGGUCUCAAUCCCAACUGCGUCACCGUAGACAUGACUAGCAGCCACCCUGUACUUGCCCGAGAGAUAUUCGCGGCGGCGCGUGAGAAGAAUUGCUGGUCUGUAGAUGCCCCAGUAUCUGGGGGCGACAUUGGCGCCAGGGAAGGGAGAUUAGCUAUACUUGCAGGCGGUGAACGUGGCGUUGUUGAGUGGCUCUCACCUUUGUUUGACAUCAUGGGAAAGGUUACUUACGUGGGCACUGCCGGUUCCGGGCAGAGUUGCAAGAUAGGAAAUCAGAUCGUUGUUGGGGCAAAUUUGAUUGGUUUGAGCGAAGGUUUGGUGUUUGCAGAGCGAGCCGGGUUGGAUACGAGACAGUUUAUGGAGGCGGUGAGAGGUGGGGCGGCAGGAUCAAUGGUGAUGGAGUUGUUUGGCGAGAGGGUUAUUGAAAGAGAUUUCAGGCCUGGUGGAUUUGCUGAGUAUAUGGUGAAGGAUUUGGGGAUGGGUGUUGAUGUUGUGGAAGAAGAUGAUCAUGAGAGAGUGGUGGCUUUGCCUGGGGCUGCAUUGUGUAAGCAGUUGUUUUCUGGGAUGGUGGCUAAUGGUGAUGGAAAACUUGGUACUCAAGGACUUAUCACAGUAAUAGAAAGGAUCAAUGGAAAAUGAGACCUAUUACGUGAUGAUGAUAAGACAGGCUUUGGAAUCUAGUUGAUUUGUUGUAUGUUGGUUCUCUCUUUGAACAUAGUUUACUUUUGCUAUGACUUUUGUGUAACCAAGAUGUAUGUUUAUUAUUUCAUACGUUCUUCUUCAAUAAUAAAAUAAGUAUGUACAGUUUAUAUAAA